GUAGUUUUCAGUCACACCACAAGCAGCCAGUCAGCGAGCGAGCAAAGGAGAAAAAAUUAUACAGAUACGUAAAUAACGACGACGACGUGAAGCAAAGAGUGUGAUUGUGAAGAGAAGAAAAAAAGUUUUCAAGCGAAAAUUUUCCGACUUUUCCACGCGAUUUUCCUCCGGAUUGUGAUUGAAUUUCGUGGAUAUAUUUCGGCUGUGUGACCGCGCGGUGGAUUUCGCGGCGGAUUCGGUGGUAAUUAUCGCGAGGAGUUCUUCCGUUUGGUGAUUGGGUCAGAUUAGAAGAAGCAAAGGAAAAGUGGCUGAGCUGACCAGCUAGCUAGCAGGCUGAACGGUGGUGGUCGGUGGAACCGACAGACGGAUGGACGAACGGACGGAUGGUGGCAUAGCAGCUCAGUGACUACCAGCGAGAAGGAAGCGGAAAAAGAUGUGUCUUCGUGAAGAAAAGUGCUUUCUGUGCCUAUAUUAGUGGGCAAAGUGAAAUUUUGCGUAGAGGAAAAUCCAGAGGAAAAACAGAAACCUAACGGAACGGGGCCCCAGGUUGGAAGUGUCGACGAAGGGCGGUGGGAGUGGGAGACGAAGUUUUCCACUGAUUCUGGAUCAAAAUAAAAGGGUCAUCGGAUUUAGUGCAGUGUGAUUCCUACGCGCUGAAGUGAUUAAAAAUCGUCGUCGUACGCAUUACAACUAAAUAGGGGAAAGUGAUUGAAGUGAACAGUGCUCUUAAGAAUUUGGAUAAGUGUGGAAGUUCCUGCCGACAGCGAGAGAGAAGAAAAUUCUUGCCCCAAAGGAAGUACCCAAAUAAACCAAUCAACAACAAUGGCCAAUCCGCGGAAAUUCAGUGAGAAAAUCGCCCUCCACAACCAGAAACAAGCGGAGGAGACGGCCGAGUUCGAGCGGAUCAUGCGGGAAGUUUCGGAUGUCACGUCCAAGGUUUCGACGAGGAGUGCCAAUCUUACGCCCACGCUCGGUGGCCUGGGCACAUUUCGGGGCGGUUCGUUGCCCAAUGUCAACAACGAUAACGAUAACUUUCAGGAACAGGGUGACGAAACAACCACACUCACAGAGCUCAAGUCGUACACGCAGCUAGAGAGUGUAAAACACAAAAAGGAGGCUCCCAAAUCCAACACACCAAACCACAGUAGGGAAUCGAGAGGUCGAACGCCCGGGGGUCCAAUGCGAAAUCGGCAGUCCAGUCGGAACCAUGACACAUCACCUUAUGGUAACAAUUCGGUGCACCUGAUUCCUCCCAUGGAAAACAACUGGCAUAGGUCCAUCUCGGAUUCUGCGAUCCACCAGAGCCUAUGCCAACAGAACCAGCUAGAGUCUAAUCACCUGAAUACACACUCACCUUUAACGUUAAGUCCAACAGUUCAAAGAAAGAUUUCAAAUGCUCAAAGUAUCAACAAAGUUCACCAUCAUAUAUCAUCGAACCAUCUCGACAACUCAGUGCACGAUGUGCGGUCUCGAUCGUCGACUUGUGUCGCGAGGUUACCAGGAAUCAACAUUUAUCCCUCACAAAACCACACAGACGCCAUUCAAAUCCCCAUACCAAGUAAUACGGGUUCACUGCCGGAUUUGACGUCGGUCGGGUACCCCAUGUAUCCGUCACCGUUGGAUCAGGAGUAUGACCAUAAUGUGCAUAGCAGUAGUUACUGUCCGAGUCCCCUCGGGACGUCUCCAUCGUCGCUGUCACCAACGUCGGCCAUCCCCAACCACCAUCCCCAUCCACGGCCGAACAACUUCAACGGCGGCGGGGGUGGAGGAGGGGGAGGCGGAAGCUAUCCAAUACCUACCAGCAGUCAUCCCAACAGUGGCAACGUCAGCCCCAGCAGCAACAACAACAACACCAGUACGACUAACCUUAACAACGCUACCAACAACAGCAGUAGUACUAUUAACCAUAACAGUAAGAACAGCAACAAGAAGCCGAAGUCUAGUCAGCCUUUUUUAUCUGUACCAGAUAGCAAUAGAUUUACGUUUAUGAAGGGUAACAACAACACUUACGAUGUGAGCCAAUCGCCACAGCCACAGCAGCAGCAGCAACAACCCCCGCAGCAGCGAAUACCAACCCUAGACCAGAUUAGUUACGAUAAUUUUAGUCAAUUAAACGACGGACUGUCGUCGCCGAAUCAUCAAAACUCACCCGAAAACAUUAUUUAUGGAUCUCACGGGAAUAUUUCACCGCAUAUGAUGCUAGACUACCGAAAUCGGCCAAGUCCCGGUUCCAGUCCUGGUUUGGUGCUCGCGAAUAACCUCGACUCGAACUCCAGCGCGCCCUGCAGUCCAGUGUCUCAUAGUAUAGGGAGUAAUAAUGGACAAUCUUAUGAAAAGUAUCCAUCGAAUGAUGUGUAUGUUCAAAACACCCUGCCACAGCACCUGGAACACAUAACCUUGGACUGGACUACUUUGGUUCAAAGUCUUGUCGAGUCGGGAUGUACAUUAACCGCCCAAGUUCAGGGAGACAAUUCGUUACCACCGGACUUUGCUGCAAGUCAGCUUGUAUUCUCAACGUUUGAAGAGUCCUACCUGGCACUUAAUAACGAUCUCAACCUAAGGCCGGAUCAAACGCAUCAACAGCAAUCACCUCAGCAACAGCAGCAACACCCGCAACAACAACAACACCCGCAGCAACAGCAGCAGCAGCAUUCACAGCAGCAACAGCAGCAGCAACAGCAGCAUACUCACGUACCGCCCCCGCAGCAAUCGCCACAUCUUAGCUCUGGUAGCUGUGGCCCUAUGCAGAACAACGUUAACCAUCAGAGUCCGAUGGGCAACCAUGCGUACAACAGUCACAAUCACAACGGGAGUAACGAACCGCUGCUUAGUUUGCAGACGGCGCCCCAGAUUCAGUCAACCCCCACCACGAUACCAGAAAUUGUGUUUACCGAUUUCUCAACUCGAGACGACUUUGAAGCCGAUCUGGGCCUGGGCCAGAUGGACUUUCAGAGCUUUCAGAUGCUCUCCGACACUGGUGCCAUGAUCGAUCCGAUGGACGAGGAUAGCUUUCGGCGCGAGCUUCAGUGAGACGACCUGCAAGGGAACGGUGUCGUCGCCGCCGCCGACGAUGACGACGAUGCCGACGGGUGUCGCACCGACGAGAUGACAAGGUUACAAGCUUUCGUUACGUUGCUUUAGUUUGACGAUUAUUUCUUUCCCCCGGAAACAAUCAAAAGCAGAGAAAAUUCUUCUAUACACGGCAGAGUAGGAAGCUUUCUUUCUGAAAGAAGAGAAGGUAUUAUUUCUCCAAGAGAUGGUUCACAUUUCUACGCUGAAUCAAGCUUUUAGGAUUUUGCAAACGAAAGUAAAUCGAGAAAGUGCAGUACUAGAUACCGGCUAGAGAAUUUUUUAUAAGGUUUUAACCUAUAAGGAGGAAACGCUAUUUGAGAUACAAUGAACUUAACGAGUAAGUCUAACGAUAGUGAUAGUGUGGACGGAGGAAAAGGGUGAAUAGAGUUAUAGGGCAAGAUAUUGUACGAACGAGCGAGAGCAGAGUGCGCAUGGGCAAUUGUACGAAUUUAGGAUAGUGUCUUGUGUAUAUGAGAGAGUGGAACUAUUUUUUUAAGAUUUCAUGAUGAAAAAAAGCACAAAUCAAGACCGUUGAAAGUAUACCCCAAUAGAUUUGGUGAGAUUUUUUUUGUUUCAGUGUGUGGAUCGAUAGGAAUGAUUCCUUACUAAUAUCAUAGUAUGAUAUUGCAUGAUUUUUACGUUUAGUCGAUUAUACAUGACCAAUUAUAUUUAUGUUCGUUU